CGACCAUCUCGCUCUCCCCGCAGUCCGUUACCUCCUCACCAGCACAAAGCAACCACGAUCCCCCAUUCCGCGAUGUUCCGUCCGUGUGUCUUCCUCUUGGUGUGUUCGCUGACCCUCGCCCUGGUGGCCGGGCAGUACUUCGGCGACGACGGUGGCGACGGGGGCCACCACGAGGACCACCACUACCACCACGAGCCGGCCCACUACGAGUUCCACUACGCUGUCCACGACAAGCACACCGGCGACAUCAAGCACCAGCACGAGUCCCGGCACGGAGACACCGUCCACGGCGAGUACUCCCUCGUCGAGCCAGACGGACACAUCAGGACCGUCAAGUAUAACGCGGACCACAAGACCGGCUUCCACGCCCAUGUUUCCCGCAAGGAAUACCACUGAUAGGGCGCCGGUGCCGUGCGCGUGAGAACACGGAGGCGCAUUGGAAACCCCUGAUUAACGUCAACGACAGGACCUCAGAGGAUUCCUUUUUCAUAGUCAUCUUUAAAGUUGGAGGUCACCUUGCGUUCCCCCAUUGAUGAACUAUCAUUCUGUGCGAAUGGACUAGAAGACAAGGUACGAAUUCAAGCAUUUUGAUACAUGUUUCUCGUCCAAAGUUUUACGUAAAAUACGAUUCGCGCAACGAAAAUUACUAAAAUUGACUCCUAUCCAAGAUGUUUGAUGCUUUUCGAGGCGUAAAUUCAACUCAACUUUGUGUUCUACGUUAAAUUCUGGUUAAGAAACACGUAUUAGAAUUCUUAAGUUUGUACCUUGUUUACUGGUCCAUUAUAAAGUUCCUUUCUUGCACUUACUUAUAUGCUCCCGGCGGCGGAGUCAAAAACGCCGCAAGUUCCUAAAAUAAUUCCAGCAGGUGCUUCAGUAUACGAAAGUUCUUUCAUGUGAAAAGAAUGACUGAGAGACAUUCAAAGGCAUUUUUCGAAGUGGGACAUAAUUGAGAAUUUCCUAACACGAUCUCGUUUUCCUGAAAAGUGUAUCUAACUGCCCGAAACCAAUUAGAGAUUGAAACAUCCACUUUUGCUUGUAAUUACCCGGAGAAAAAAUUGCAUAAUAUCACAGUCCUGUAAAUUACAGACUGAUUCUGCCGUGCUCAGUAAGUACGCCGUAUGAAUCUAGAUGUUGCCAAAUUUCAUUUGAUAAAAAGCGAAUUCUCUGAAAAACUCGUGAAAACAUCUCUUCCAAAUUUUCAGAGGAUUUGAUGCGCACUUUCAUCUAGAGUAUCUGAAAAUUUCGAGGAGAAACAUUCAAAAUUUUCUCGAAAAACACGUGCUUCCUCGGGAGAAAUUUGGCAACACUCGAUCGCUCAUGCGGCGUUUUUCCACAGCACGGUAGGAUUGCACUGCCUCGUAAGAGAUUAUGAAUUUUAUAUAUCACUGCGUCACGCUUAAUUACCAUUCUCUCGAUUGAAAUCGUCCAGUAUCCGUUUCAUGUAUAUUAUUAGUUCCACUUCCAUGUUUGAUUAUUUCAAGACAAAAAGUAGAUUACACUCAGAAACGUUACCAAAAUCAAUCUUGCCUGUUUUGUACCUAUGCAAUGCGACUUUUAGCCACGAUUGUUUGUUGCCAUUUUGUUAAGUCUCUUAAAUUUACCAAAUACAACUCAUUUGCUCAAUUA